AUAGCAUGGACUAUCUGCGCUUGCAGUCACACAGCUCUGCAUCACUACAGAACUGCGCCGUAUCCUGCAGGCACGCAAGGUUAAUGCACUACUGAACACAGGCAGGGACACCAUUUACACUGAGUUAUAACCAUGCCUCUUGGGAAGAACGUCAAGAAGAAAAUUGAGGACAUCAAUAUGGUGUACAACAUCAAGGAGAAGCUGGGAGCGGGGGCGUUCUCCGAGGUGGUCUUAGCCCAAGAGAAGAAUUCUGAGCGACUGGUGGCCCUGAAAUGCAUCCCUAAGAAAGCUCUCCGAGGGAAAGAGGCCGUGGUAGAGAAUGAGAUCGCAGUGCUGAAGAAGAUUACUCACCAAAACAUAGUUUCCCUGGACGAUAUAUACGAGAGCCCCACACACCUGUACUUAGCCAUGGAACUUGUUACUGGAGGGGAGCUUUUUGACCGCAUCAUUGAGCGUGGAUAUUAUACAGAGAAAGAUGCCAGUCAACUCAUUGGACAGGUCCUCGAUGCCGUACAGUACUUGCACAACAUGGGGAUUGUUCACAGAGACCUAAAGCCAGAGAACCUUCUCUAUGCCACCCCAUUUGAGGAUUCCAAAAUCAUGAUCAGUGACUUUGGUCUGUCCAAGUUUGAAGAUAGUGGAAUGAUGGCGACAGCGUGCGGGACCCCCGGAUAUGUUGCACCAGAACUCCUGGAACAGAAGCCGUAUGGAAAAGCUGUAGACGUCUGGGCAAUUGGUGUCAUCUCUUAUAUUCUGCUCUGCGGUUAUCCCCCUUUUUACGAUGAAAACGACUCUGAGCUUUUUAACCAGAUCUUGAAGGCAGAAUACGAAUUUGAUUCUCCAUACUGGGAUGACAUUUCCGAAUCAGCCAAGGAUUUCAUACGUCACUUGUUGGAGAGGGAGCCAGAGAAAAGGCUAACAUGUGAGCAGGCACUACAGCAUCCCUGGAUAUGCGGAGACACAGCACUGGAAAGAGACAUCCAUGGGUCAGUGAGUGAGCAAAUCCAAAAGAACUUUGCACGAAGUCAGUGGAAGAGAGCUUUCAAUGCAACUUCGUUCCUCCGUCACAUCACCAAAAUGGGGCAAAGUGCUGAGACAGAAGAACACCAUGGAGAACCCGUUCCAGAAGAGAAGGACAAGUGGUGACGGGAGCUUUAAAUGGAAGACUUGACGCCUGGAGGUGUCCAUACUUGGGACCUCCAUGUCAGGCACUACACCCUUGCAUGAGCUUGUGGUGACACCUGUCUGCAUGAUGCCUUCAGCGGCCAAUGGCUGUUCUUCCCUUAGCCCACCAUGGCCCCCUCCCCUUAUAUGGAAAUCCCUCCAGUCGGCCUCAGUUUUUGAAAAGUUUCUUGAGAUGCGCUGCAGAUUUGUUGGGUCUCUAGAUUUUACUUAUUCGAAGAGCCAUAAACAGAAAGAGACAUACAGAGCAUUAAACUGUUGAAGGAACAACUUUGCGGAUCGAGCCACCAUGGUGGAAAGUGAUCUACAAGGUGACCUUGGUCUCCAGAUUGGAUGAUGCACUACCUCAUAGCAAAAUCAUCCUCUCAUCGGCAUUCACAAACUUCCAUUCUAGUCAAAGUUUCCGCAGCUAAAAUCUAUAAAACAUUGCCAUGCCGGUAGAAACCAAUAACCAUGAUAUCGUAAAAGAUAUUGAUUUAGCCGUCUCAAGAAUCUGACAUCAUCACUAGAAUAAACUGUAUGAGAUCUUUAAAAGGAGCUGGACAAAUGGAGAUUUUAUUUCCAUAAGUGGAAAGAGUACACUUAAACGGUACUGAAAAGUCUCAUUUCUCAUCAGUUUCGUCUCAUUGGCUUUACCAGCAACUCAUUUUUAUUUUAGAAUAGAUUGACUACUGAUUUAUUUUUUUUUUCUCCAAGCCUAGGGUGCUUACUUUAAUAUUAACUCCAAAAAGUUAUAGGCCCAUGUUUAAAUAAAAAAAACAUUUGUAAGAAUGGUUUCUUCUCCUGUAAAAUGAAAAGUAUAAUUCUGCGCACAGGACCUUAUUAUAUUACUUUUGUUUAUUAAUAGUGGUUGCUAAUACUAUAAUUCUCCUUAUUAUGGCAACCCUUUAAGUUUCAUACAAUACAAUUCAGAGUAAGAGUGGCGUAUGGUGGUUACAAAGAGCAAAAUGUUUGGCUUGACAAAUUGUGUUUUUGAAUGCAGCAAAUCCCUGACUGCAACAAAAGUUAUACGAUAUAAAAUUCUUAAUUGAUCAAAAUUAUACUUAUAUAGAAGAACUAUAUUUUGGAUAAACAAUGAUAAUCAGACAAGGCAAUGGACAUUUAAAAAAAUAGGGGGGGGGAAAGGAACAAAUAGGAGACUAGGACCUGGGAGGCGGGGAAGGUAAGCUUGAGGUUAUUUAACAAUGGAUGUUUUGGCUGUGAACCUUUAAAGUAAAAAAACCCACCUUGUUUCAGCGUGAACUUGUCCCUCUGCAUAGCAAAACAUGGAUUCUGUGAUUGUUGAUGUCAUUGUGCCAACUCUUUAUGGUGUAACUGCUCCAGAUCAAGAAUAAAGUGCUGGGUAGCCACCUGCACAGAACCAGCUCCACCUCUGGAAGGAUUCA